CUCCAACUUACGCUCAAUACGAAUUUUUAGUGCCCUUAAAAUUACUAUUCAUUAAUUAAUAUCAAAAUGUGUGAAGACUUAUUGCAAUAAAAUAGCGAAUGACUCCGACCUUCGAGCUUGUUUUCGCAUUUUGACGAGCAAACUUUCACCUCAACUAAGUGGGAUCAACAAAAAACAGUUUUGCUUUUUCAAUUACUGACUGAAUGUAGGGUACAAUACACAUUUGCUAAAGCUACCGUAAAAAAAGAACACAUUCACAGACUUACACACCACAGCCCGGCAGCAGGGCACUCCUUAAUUAAUUUACAUGUGCCUGCUGAGCUAAAAAAAAAGAGCAUAAAUAACAUAAAAACCGAAUGCCAUGCAAAAUGUGAAGGUGUCGGGCCGUGCCCUGACAGGACACACCAGGAAGUGGAGCAGCCAACAGACAACAGUCGCACGUUUGCUGAAGAGUUCACGCGCGUGGAAAAAUGCUGAGUUUGGAAAAAUGUUUAGAAACUUUUACCAUUCAGUCAGGCAGUGGAAGUCACCGUAGAAAGUUAAAAUUGGACUGGGCAAUUGUGAGUUUCGAGAUUUUGUUUUUCAAACGGCUGAGUUUACUACACAUACAUCACACAUCGAAAGCGAAGACAAUAAAAAAUCACUAUGGGUAAUAAAGUUGCCACAUUCACAGAACAACAAUUGGAUGACUACCAGGACUGCACAUUUUUUACGCGGAAGGAAAUUUUACGCGUUCACAAGCGUUUUCGCGAGCUGCGUCCGGAUUUGGUGCCACGCCAAAUGACGGAGGGCCAGGCGUCCAGUGUCAAGGUGCCGUGCGAGUGCAUUGAGAAGAUGCCCGAACUGCGCGAGAACCCCUUCCGGCGGCGCAUCUGUGAGGCCUUCUCGCGCGAUGGCCAAGGCAAUUUAUCCUUCGAAGAUUUCCUGGACGCAUUGUCCGUGUUCAGCGAGCAGGCGCCGAGGGACAUUAAAGUUUUUUAUGCCUUCAAAAUUUACGAUUUUGAUCAGGAUGGCUUCAUUGGUCACGGCGACCUCAUGUCUUGCCUCACCACCAUGACGAAGAACGAGCUGAGUCCGGAGGAGCAUCAACAGAUUGCCGAUAAGGUAAUGGAGGAGGCGGACGUGGACGGUGAUGGGAAAUUGUCAUUUCUAGAAUUCGAGCAUGUCAUACUGCGUGCCCCGGACUUUCUCUCUACCUUUCGCAUACGCAUCUAAUGUACCAUGAUAUACUAAUAUGCAGAUAUGACUCUGAGACGUUUUUUCUACAAAUACAAA